AUGAAGCGGAAUUUCACAUGCAGUUGGCAUGACUGUCGCCGAUCGUUUGGAAAGGCAGAGCAUCUGCAGCGACACGAGCGCAGCCAUACUGGUGACGCUCGACAUGAAUGUCCAGUUUGUCAAAAACGUUUCACUCGAAGAGACGUAAUGACAAGACAUGCUGCUCUCCAUGGAGAGGCUUCCAAUCCAACCAGGAAAGCCCGGAAGGUGUCAUGCAAAUCAUGUGUCGCUUCCAAACUUCGUUGUGACGGACAGCCUGGUACAACAUGUCGAAGAUGUCUGCAUUCAGACAGGUCAUGUUCUUAUCGAACAGGGGACUGCACAACUCCUAUUCCCCUAACAUUGAGCCAGUCGAAUGGGUUCGCGACACCUACGACCGCAAUAGAGACUGACCCAGCCCUAUCGUUGGUACCAGAGGGUCCUGCCAUUAGCCCGGAACCCGGUAGCAGGGGCACGUCCAGUACAAACAUCGAUAUUUCUCAACCAGCCUUCUUCUCAGAUUACACACCACUAGCAGGCAACCUGAGUGGGAUUAUUCCAUCACAUGGUCCUGACGAGUCUGAAUUACUCUCUUUUGGUCAAUUCUACGAUCUCCCGAUAGAACCCUUUGAAAGCUAUCUAGGAUGGAACCAUAGCGAUGGGGGUAUUGAUAUGAUCGCGGAUCUCAAUGGGGCUUCUCCUGAUACUCCGCCGGCGUGUUGGCCUCAUUCCCUGACAAAUGCGAACUCGGAUGAGCAUCGAAUGGCGAGAGCAGUGGCUGAUGUGCCGAGUACGCGGAUAAUACGAGACGCACAGCCGGCCGACAGCCCAUGGCCACAUGUCUACAGACCCAGCAAAGACGAUGAGCGAUUGAACAUCUCCAAAGUAAACACCUGUUCAGGCCCUCAGCCAAGCUUGCAGGGGGCAUACCUGGACCAUGUGGAUAAUUCCACUCGUGCAGCAAUACUGUCACUCAUAACCACUGCUCAUCAGGCGCAUUGGCCAGCAGUUGACGUGACCGCUUUCCCGUCAACUCGCACGUUGUCAAUUUGCAUCAACCUCUACUUUCGGCAUUUUCAUGAAACACUGCCGGUUCUUUGCCGCUCGACGUUCCAAUCAGUCGAACACAGUCCAGUUUUAUUGUUAGCGAUGGCAGCCAUCGGGGCCACGUACUCCAAAAACGGGAUGGCUCCAAUUGCUGUGACCCUCAAUGAGUUGUCCCGAAGAGCAAUCAUCUACCUGAGAGAAAGUGACCGGCAAGUCAUGUUUGAUACAUCGGUCGUGCAGGCCUGGUUGCUCCAGUCUAUCUUCGGACUGUUCUGUGGCUCUCGGAUGCUCUAUCAUCACGCUGAAAUCAGUCGUGGUGGAUUGGUCACGGCCGCUCGACGAAUGCACCUUCUUCGCCCGGGGUUUUCUUUUGUCAGAGAGCUGGAACGGCGCGGAGCCCUGGCAUCUACUGAAGAAGUAGAGCGGGCACGUGUAAAGGACGAGGAACGUUGCCGAUUGGGAUGGGGUAUAUACCUCUAUGACAUGCAGAUAUCUGCACUUUUGAAUAUAUCGCCCCAUUUUUCAAUUAACGAAAUUGACAUGUCACUGCCCUGGCACGAAGAUGAUUGGGAAGCCCGUUCGCCCCGUACGCAUCGUGACUCUGCACCAUCACCGAGUGGUUCCUCGGAUUUCUGCCUCGUUCUUAAGCGCCUGCUGUCCAUUGGCAAGCUGCCGCAGCCACUGAACCCGUUUGGGCUUUCUAUCAUUGCGCACACGCUUUAUAGGCUUUGCUCCGAUGCCUCUUCCCUGGACUCACUUUGUCCGGCUCAAUCCCUCGAGAAACCGUCACUCUAUCGACUAACGUUCCCGGCAAACUUCAGGCAUAAUCCCCAGGAAUUACUCGAUCAACUCGCUGUUUGCUUUCAUUAUCUGUCCUAUAUACCGACCCCUCCUCUUGUCAGUAUUUCAGCUCUGUCUCACCUUGGCCAUCUACAGUUUACGUGGACAGGGUUCUUAGACAAAGUCAAGAUCGCCGCAGGUAAGUCAGGGACCGAGGAGAGCAAGCUUAAUGCACGUUCGUGGCUUUCCUCAAGAAUAUCCGACGACGUGGUUGGCGCAAGAUCUAUUCUUGUGCACGCUGGGCGGCUAAAUGCCCUCCUGAUUCGAUUCACAUUCGAAAAUCCAAGCGAAGCUCUCUGUACGUUUUAUGCUGCGCUGACCUUUUGGGCCAUUGUAAAAUUCGGGACGGAGUUGAAUAUCCCGUCCUCUGCUUCUAAGAGGACAGUCGUGACAUGGUCCGAUUUUGAUGAUGUUGAUGAGUGGAUCCAGUCCGGGGGUCCGAUUUCUUUCCAGGGCCUUGGGAAUCUAGCGGAAUUAUCUGAAGCAAAAAUCCUGUCUACCUUUAGCGAACGCUUGGAGUCAAUGUCAUGGGGUAUCUCUCUUCAUUUGCGUCAUGUGUUGACGAGUUUAUCCAAAGAAACAGUUUAA